AUGAUUUCUCAUCCCGAUAUACCCAUCCAAGAGCUUACCAACUAUCUCCCCACCGAAUUAAUCUCUGUCUCCAAGUAUCGCGAAAUGAAACUACAUCCCGUCGUCGACCUAAAUAAUCCUCUCUGCUGGUUCGAGCACUGGGCCGAAACCCACCCUGAUUGGGCCGCCUCCGAGAUCGCAGAAUCGAUCGGUAGAAACUCAAGUAUCAUUCACACAUGGAGCUAUGCAAAAUUGAAUCAAGAAGCUAACCGCGUAGCGGUAUUCAUUACAUCGCAUGGAAUUCACGGCCGUAUGAUUGCGAUCGAUGAAUCGUUACCGAUUGAGCGGAAGACUUUCUUGUUGAAAGAUAGUAAUUCCGCUAUAUAUUUCACCGAGGAAACUGUCGAUUUCGUCCCUGAAGGGUGUUUCCUCGUGAAUGUCAAUCACAAUCAAUAUCAAUACGACAGUGAUAUCGCUCUGAAAUUCGAAAAGAGCAGAGACGCGGUCGCAUAUCUUCUCUGUACUUUAGGGUCAACAGGUAAUCCCAAAGGAGUCCUAAUCAGCUGCGGCAAUCUCACUUCUUUCUGCGAAGCCCAAUCGGAGUUCAUCUACAAAUCUAUCCCUACGACUCGAGUGCUCGGUGGCGUUGGGAGAUUCCUCGGAUCAGUGAGUAGAGCGUUCGAUGUACAUGUGGCCGAGAUGUUCCUGGCCUGGCGACAUGGUCUUUCGUGUAUCACUGGAGUUAAACCUAUGUUGCUGGAUGAUUUACCUAUGGCGUUGCAAGAAUUGAAAAUCACACAUGCGGGGUUUGUACCGUCGCUGUUGGAUCAGUGUGGUUUGAUACCGAGUGAUGUUCCUCUGUUGAGGUAUCUGGGUGUGGGUGGUGAGAGGAUUUCUCAACGAACACUUGAAACAUGGGGUGAUUCGGAGAGCGUCACAUUGAUUAAUGCGUAUGGUCCUACCGACGCUACAAUUGGUUGUGCCUCGUCUGCCAUUGUGGACUCAAAGGUCAAUUUGAGGAAUGCAGGUCGUCCUCUAGGGGUCACCGUUGCCCAUAUACUUAUUCCUGGUACUCUCACGUACGCUAAGAGAGGAGUAGAGGGUGAACUUUGUCUGACGGGAAGUCUUGUCGGUAUUGGCUAUCAUAAUCGGGAUACUGGCGCUUUUAUCGAGAAUUUCCAUGCGCGGACAAUGUAUCGUACAGGAGAUCUUGUCAGAUUGAUGCCCGACGAUACAAUUGAGAGUUUCGGCCGCUCAGAUGAUCAAACGAAAAUUCGUGGUCAGCGUCUCGAAUUGGGUGAGGUCUCUGAAGCACUUUUCAGAAUGCAACUGAUCUCAUUCAUUGCGAGCAAUGCUAGGGCCGCGGCAAUUGAUGAGAAGGUCGAGAUGUCAGAUACUUUCGAGCAAAUUCAUGUCAGUAUUCGGGCUGGAUGUAGGAAAAGACUUCCUGGCUACAUGGUUCCGGAUGUGGUUAUCCCAAUGAACUUCUUGCCUCUCGCUCCCAUGUCUGAAAAGGCAGAUGUGAAGCAACUCAAGGCUCUCUUUUCUUCCAUACCGCUAAGUUACUUAUUGUCUGCUGAAAAAGGAAAAUCGGUUGGUGAUAAAACUGUUACGGUACGCGAAUUGAAUGAGCAAGAACUUGCUGUGGUUGAGAUACUCAAGUGUGUGGUUCCAGCUACCUCUGCAGAGCUCACUCCCUUGACCAACAUCUUCGAAGUUGGAGUAGAUAGUUUGUUAGCUAUCAGUCUUUCGACCCUGAUGAGAAAGGCUGGAUACACAUGCAGUGUUGCUGAUGUUCUCAGUAUUAGCACGGUUGAACAAUUAGCAUUGUUACCACGUGCAGAUAUUACACCGGAACAGGCCGCCAAAACCAGAGAAAAUGCUCUGAAGAAAACUGCUCGUGCCGAAACUGCUUUCCGAGACAGCCCUUUGGGCAAAAAGUCCGGGAUGAACGUUGAAGCCGUCCGACCCUGUUCACCCGUUCAAGAAGCCGUUGUAGCUCGAUCAUUAAAUAAGGAAGCUAGUGCUCUAUAUGUCAAUCAGAUCAUAAUUGAGUUGGCUUCUGACAUCGAUACUUCGAAACUCUCCCAGACUUGGAAUUUCUGUGCAGCAGCCAACGAAAUCUUAAGAAUCUGUUUCUGCCAAAUCAAUGAUGAUAUCUUGCAAGUUGUACUCAAGAAUGACUUUUCGAUAUGCCAUGGGCAGAACACAUCUACUCCAAAUCUAGCAAACAUUUCCCUGACCGUUCUAAUGCAAGAUGUUCUAAUGCGCUACCAAGGUAUCCCGACCUCCAAGCGACCUUCCACUAGCGCGCUAGUAGAAUACGUCGCUUCGCAAGACGAACUUGCUGCGAAGAGUUUCUGGGUUAAGAAAUUGGGAGAUUACAGCCCUCUACCUCUUACCAACGAUGAAAUCAACGAAGAAGAAAAAACCGAACCUCAAAUAUGCACACGAAUUUUGAAACCCAAUUUGAGCGCGAUCGAAGCCUUUGCUUCCAAAUUACACGUCACUCUUCCUUCAUUAACACAAGCGGUAUUUGGUCUUGCAAUAGCAAAAUUACUUUCGACUAAUGAUUCCGUGUUUGGGCUUGUCCUCUCCGGACGUACAGUUCCUAUUCCUAAUAUCAAGAAACUUCUUGCUCCGACAAUUACGACUGUACCGCAACUAAUUGGUCUUCGCAAGAACGAUGCCACUAUUCUGGAUAUCUUGACUGUGCUCCAGAAGUCUUCCGGUCAAAUGCUGCAGUUUCAGCAUAGCUCUCCGAGAUCGAUUCACAAAUGGGUGGAAGCCGAUCGUCCGCUCUUCAAUUGUCUCUUUUCAUUCAUGAAUACGGGGGAAAAAGAAGCGGACAAUGGCUUUGGAAAAUUGGUUGAUAGUUAUAUGCCUCCUGAUUAUCGAUUCGCGGUCGAAUUCGAAGCAAGACAUCCAUCAAAUGAUUCAGUGAUUUGCGCGGGAUAUACCUCCAAAUUUGGCUCUGCUCCUAAAGUCAACAAUCUCCUCGAAUUGAUCGACAUCACAUCUUCCUCCGAAAUCUUUGACGACGGCGAAGAAUUACCCGAAGACCAAGCGAGCAAGACCAUCUUACUCGGCCUCGGCGAUUUUGCAUCCGAAGACGUUUCUCGCACCAGUACCUUUCUCCGUCUCGGCAUCGGCUCCGUCAUUGCUAUUCGUUUCGCCAAAGAACUGCGUAGCGUGGGUCUCCAGGUUUCAUCUUCGGAUAUCGGACGAUAUCCCAGUAUUGCAGCUCUAGCAAGAGCUGUUUCGGGUAAGAGCAAAGCCCAAUCGACUGCUAAACCCUCUAUAGUCAAAACGACGAAUUUGUUGGAUAAACAUAAAGCGAGUAGUCCUCUGUUAGCGGAAGAUGAUAAAAUUACUGAUAUCUAUGCUUCUACACCUCUGCAAACCGGUAUCUUAACCCAAACAAUUGCUACAGGUGGAAAAUUAUAUCUUCAUUAUCCUGCAGUCAAGCUCUCUCCAAAUAUCGAUAUUGCCCCUUACUCGCAGGGGAUUUCGAAACCUUCGACUCCUUUUUCUGAAGCUGCAAAACUUAUUACAGAGCGUCAAGGGAAAAGUGUUGAGUUCUGGCUCAACAGAUUGGAUAAUUACAAGAGUAUCGCCCUUCCAUCUUCCACCGUCCCUGCAAAAAUUACCUCCCUGUCGCAAAUGACCAUCCAAAUGCCACUUUCCGAAAUCCCUCACCGCUGCCAGGAAAUGAAUAUCUAUCUGCAAUCUGUCGCUCUUCUCGCAUACGCCAAAACUCUCUUUUGUUUUGUCAAGCGUCGUGAUAUCGUAUUCGGACAUGUUGUCUCCGGACGUUCAUUACCACUUCCAGAUAUAGAACAAAUUCUCGGAUUACGCAAGUCAAAUCCAAGAAGUGGUUAUCCAAGGACAGGAAAAUCAACAUGCUUCUCUACCUACGAUCCAAAAACUUUGGCGACAGAAAAUUAUUUUCACAGAUGGGGCGUUGCUGGAUGCGUUAUUUGUGUUCCAGAAAGUGGGAAAGACAGAUGGGCAGGAAGAAAACUCUGGAGCGUGAUGGAUGGGGGUGAGAGUCGGGAUGCAACGGAGUAUGGUUUGAAUGUGGAAGUCGAACAAGGAGAGGAUGAGGUGAUUAUCAGUGCUGGAUCACCUGAUGGCCGCAUCAAUACUGAAGAUCUCAAUCUGAUUUGUCAAACUUUUGAUGAGGCUUUGAGAGAUAUUCUUGAGAAUCCUCAGAGAAGAGUUGUUGCUUUUCCGGAGCAAUCGAAAGGUUUACCUCCUGAGGGUAUACCCCAGAGCAAGAUUGAAACUACAGAAGAUUAUAGUGAUGUGGCGGAUGCACCGAUGCUCGAGGUUGUUCGUGCAGCUUUGGCGGAGGUGGCUAAUUUACCUACGGAUUCCGUGACGUUGCAGACGAGCAUCUUUUUCUUCGGUGUCAAUUCCAUCGUUGCAAUCCGUGUCGCAUCUAUUUGUCGCAGACGCGAUGUCCCAAUUAGCGUUGCCGAUAUCCUGCAAAAAAAUUCUCUCGGUGGUAUCCUCCGAAUUCUCGUCGCAAAAUCGAAAACCAUUACUCAACAACAAGAUACGACGAUAGAAAUUCUCUCCCCCGAAGCCAAAGCAAGUGCACUUUCACUUCUCAAACAUCCCAAAGCUACCGUGCAGGAAAUUUACCCGCGAUGGCGGGGCAAGAAUAUCACUCGUGAGAAGAUUGAUGUAGUUCAUUUGAGAAAUGUGUGGAGGGAUCUUCAAUUACGACACUCGGUUUUGAGAACGGUGUUUACUGCUCCCAUACCCGAAUCUGCGUAUCAGAUUGUAUUCAACCCAGAGGUCAUCACGGAUGGAACGUUUACUGUUAUACCCGCUCAAUCAGUAGAUGAAGAAUUAGUCUCGGCUAUUAAACGACAAGUCCAUCACUGGACUCAAAGACCCUCAACACUUUUCACUCGACCGAUUAGUCUCUGUGUCGUCCGGACCGCAACGAAAGAUGCUGUAUUAUUCAAAAUCCAUCACUCUCUCUACGAUGCAUGGAGCAUGAUUGCACUCAUCAAAGAAGUCUGUACUCUCUACACUCAACCCUCAAAACAACAGCGAAGACCAAGACCGCAACACCUCCCAAACCUUCCUCCACCUCAAAAACUCCAUUCCCCACCUCAGACCCUCCAAAAUCUCGCCCGCACCCACAACACCAGUCUCCCCACCAUCCUCAUGCUAGCAUUUGCACAUAAUCUCGCCCAUCUAACCCACACCACGCAUCCCACCUUCGGAUUCUUCCAAGUGGGACGCGCGAGUUCUUUCAAUGGCGCAGAAAUAGUGCUCGCUCCGACUGUUAAUCUACUUCCUGUUUCUAUCCCUGUUUCCGGAGGCGAGGAAAGGGAUAUCCUGAUGGAGAUUCAGAGGGAUAUGAGUCAGCGGAUUGCGUGGGAACAGAGUCAGCUGAGGGAUGUGGUGGGUUGGGCUCGCGGUACGGAAUCAUCGCAGCCGUUGUUUAAUGCGAGUUUGAAUGUGCUGUUUCAUGCUCCGGGUAGGGAUGCUAAUUAUACCUCUCCAGCACAAAAAUCCGAAGAACUUCCCACCCCCCUCCCCAUCGGUGUCCCCACAGAUUUCGCACCAAAAAGAAAAAUCGAAGGGGAAACAGCAAUACAGAGAGUCGAUACAACGUAUUUGGCGAAGAGGAAUCUGUUUGUGGAUGUGGGCGAGGGAGAAAAUGAUUGUGUGGAUUUUGGAAUUAAGGUCGAUGAGAUUUUGAUGGGGGAAGAGGAAAUACGAAGGUUUGUGAAGGGGGUGGCGAGGGAGGUAGAGGGGGUUAGGAGGGGGUUGAUGGGUUUGGUUUGA